AGUUGUAGGCCAAUUCGACAACAAUCUAGACUUUGUUCUUACCUCUGAUCCCGUUAAUUCCUCCUUCAAACCCUGCAUUCAUCCAUUCAGCUCAUUCAAACAACUAUUCCUUGAUACCAAAAAUGCGCAUGUCCUUUUAUCCGUGUCAAUUGUAUGUACUCUACUUGAACUUGUCAACGUUUAUUCCUUUUUCCACCAAACAAGAUGUAUACAAAUUUCUAGUAACAAAAGAAAAAACUAUAAAAUUUCCUUAAACAAAUGCAAAUAUGUCGAAAUUCAUAGCAGAUAUUAAUGAAAGACUUUUCUAUUAUGUAUCGACUGGUGAUCUUGAUAAUGUUAUAAAACUUCUCCUAGAAGGAGCUUGUGCAACUAAGAAAUCUUCCUGCGGGCGAACAGCUCUGGGACAGGCGGCUUUAAAAGGACAUUCGGAAGUGCUGGAAGUUUUACUUCAAUCAUGCGAAGAGGGUGACACAGUUUUUAAUUCUAGAACUGUUGCCAGAUGUUCAGAUAUGGAAAUCGACUAUACACCUGAUGGCAUGGAUAAUCUAGAAUGGGAUGACGAAAUCGAUUUCGAUAGUGAUUCUUGUACGGCAUCAGAACCAGACGAAUGUUCAUCAUUGUACCUGUAUUAUGCCAAGACUUUCGAACAAACCGGAGCAAUUCUUGUAAAUAAUAAUUACGGAUCGAAGCGGGAAGAUCCACAUUCGGUUGAUGCUUUGAGUCGUGCUCCUAUACACUAUGCGGCAGCUUAUGGUCACACUGAUUGCCUUAGUAUAUUGUUGCAACACAAAUCGCCAGUGGACAUAACCACAGCGAAGGGUAUAACUCCGUUGCAUUUAGCUGUAAAUAAUGAAGAAAUUGUUCGUCUUCUACUCAACCAUCGCGCGAAUCCGAAUAGAAAAACAUUUACAACUGGUGAAACUGCUCUGCAUAUUGCAAUUCGCCAGGGGAAUCUUCAAGUGGUGGAAUUAUUGCUCCAAUCAGGAGCUUACAUCAAUGAACCAAACAAUCGGGAGUACACACCUCUGAUGUGUGCUAUUGAAUUGGACGCCGAUGAAAUUGCAUUUAGUCUUGUAAGCAAAGGGGCCAAACUGAAUCAAGAGGACUGUAACGGUCAUACGGCACUUUAUCUUGCCGUUGCUCGAAACAAAGUCAAUCUCGCUGGGUAUCUACUGCAGCACGGAGCUCGUCUUUUAAUCUCCCACUAUCUGCUACACAAGUGCGUCAAGCAUGACUAUCACGAAAUGGCUAGACUCCUACUGGCCCACGGUGCUGGGGAUAAUUUGAAUGUGCGAGAUUUGGCUGGAUGUACGGCAAUAUUUUUGGCCAUAUUCAGUUGCAAUGCCGAGAUGUUGGAGUGUCUGUUAGAGAAUGCCAAAAGAAGAGGUGUACAACCAAUCGAUAAAAGUUCAAAUGAAAUGUACUACGCGGUUCAAUAUGCCGAAUCGGUUCAACGAUUUGGGAGAGUUGCUAGGGUUCUGUUGGCAUAUGGAGUGCCAUUGAAUAGUAGCGGGACGUCGUGUUGUACGACUCCGCUGACCAGAGCUAUUGUGCUGAAGAAACUGGAUAUUGCAGAGUUCUUGAUCAAGGAGGGUGCUGAUGUGAGCAUCAUUUGUACGGACCAUGUAGCUGAUACACUGAGAGUAGCCUUGAGGGCAUCUUACCUGAAUUUAUUGAUAUUGCUGGUCCAUGCUGGUCUCAAUAAAUCACUCUUUCAACCGGUGACACGUCACAAACCCCAUUGGAAUGCCCAGCGACAAGAUCUUGAAUCAUGGAUAACCUAUCAGUGCCGCAAUCCGUUGUCAUUGCAAAGUUUAAGUCGAAUUCAAAUAAGAAAACUUUUAAUCAAAAAUCUGGACAAACAAAUUGCCAAUACGAAUAAUCACAACGAAUCACGAUUACGUAUGCUAAUAAAACAAACCGGAAUACCGAUUCCAUUACAAAAGUACUUGGCUGAGUUUGACGAUUUACCAAGAAUUUAGCCAAGUUUAAUUUUUUGGUUUUUAAUUGUUGAUGACGAUGAUGAUGAAUGUUAACAAUUUAUAUACUAUUAGAGUUCAAAAAUGUUGAGUCAAUAAUAAAAAUAAUUAAGUAAACAAAAAUUGAGAAAAAAACACGUCAAUAAAUGCAUUUACUAGAUAAAGAAA